CUACCGUUGCGCCGUGCAGGAGCUGGCUAAGGCCCCAUCAGAACACAAGAUCUCUAAGACUACCUAUGCUUCUGGGGGAGGCAGCUGCGUAGUCCUGUGUACUGCAUUAUUUUGCCAGGGUUCAAAAUCUGCUUAAUAAGCCUCUCUGGACACCAAACACUCAUUAAGGUGCUUAAAAAAUCACUAGCUGUUUCGGAGCCAUGGAGAUGCCAUCAUAUUACUCCAAGCUCCUUGGAGAGCUGAAUGAGCAGCGGAAAAGAGAUUUCUUCUGUGAUUGCAGCAUCAUUGUGGAAGGUCGAAUAUUUAAAGCUCAUAGAAAUGUUCUGUUUGCCAACAGUGGCUAUUUCCGGGCCAUGUUAGUCCACUACAUCCAAGACAGUGGAAGACAUAGCACAGCUUCUCUAGACAUUGUGACAUCUGAGGCUUUCUCAACUAUCCUGGAUUUCCUAUACUCAGGAAAAUUAAACCUGUGUGGGGAAAAUGUCAUUGAAGUUAUGAGUGCUGCAAGCUACCUCCAGAUGACUGACGUGGUUAACUUCUGUAAGGCUUACAUCCGAUCUUCACUUGACAUCUGCAGGAAAAUGGAAAGGGAGAGUUCCUUUGGACAAGCUGAUAGUGGUAGCGAUGGUCUUAACUGCGGAAGAGGUGCAGUUGGGUCAGUACCUGAAAAAACAGCUCGGGAUGAUUGUCAGAAAGAUCCCCCCUGUGGGGACUGUAGUAGCUGUAACUCUGAAGAAAUUAUGGGAAAGGAUCCUACAAGUGUAGCCUCUCCAAAAGAAAAGAGUCCUCCUAAAGCAUUGGAACCUAAAGAAGAGCUGGACUCUGAUGUGGUGGAGGUAACGGAAGGUCUCCAACCAUAUCAGAUGCAGCAAGAUCUGGAGCAAGGAGAAGAAAGUCCUCAAGGUGGCCCCGGAAUGGACAUAUCAUGUAAUAAUUAUCACAUGAAGCAGUUUUUAGAGGCACUUUUGCGUAAUAGCUCUUCCCAGAGGAAAGAGGAAUCUGCACAUCAUUUUCCUCGUGACUUUGAGUCCAGGCAAGAGGAAGCAAGUGUUUCAAUGAGCUCCAUGAUGGAUAUUCAGGGUGAUUGGUAUGGUGAGGACACAGGGGAUGUUUUAGUGGUCCCAAUCAAACUACACAAGUGCCCUUUCUGUCCAUACACGGCCAAGCAAAAGGGCAUUUUGAAACGCCACAUUCGAUCGCAUACAGGAGAGCGACCGUAUCCUUGUGAAAUCUGUGGCAAAAGGUUUACCCGUCAGGAGCACCUGCGCAGCCAUUCACUUACAGUUCAUCGCUCCAACCGUCCCAUCAUCUGUAAAGGUUGUCGCCGUACAUUUACCAGCAGCCUUUCUCCUGGCUUGAGACGUUUUGGCUUGUGUGACAGUUGCACAUGUGUCACGACUACAAAUGAUGACUCUCAACAUCCAAGCCACACAGAAGGUGCAUCAGAGAGCAUGGACAAGGAUGACGGGGAUGGAGACUGGCCAAUUUACAUUGAGUCUGGUGAUGAGAAUGAAGUGGCAGAUGAUGAUGAUGUUGAGGAUAAAGAACAAAUACACAGGGAGGUACUCAUGUGAUGGAUCGGCAGAAUGCGCUGUCUCCUCUUUACCUGGGCCGUCUAAGUAGCAUCAUGCCAGAAAACUUAUGCCGUCCUUUUUCUGCCACUAUUCAGCAUCUUGGUGGUCAGUGGGUUCCAGGCCUUCUUGGUUAUGCACAGUGCUGCUAGUUCAGAGGCAGCAGAACAUUUUCUAUUUUCCACGUGUUUAUGUUGGUGCUGUGCACUAAACUCUUUUUUAUUAUCCAGCGUCAUUUGAGCUUUUAGUUUUACGCUGCAUCUCCAGAAAUGCUCUGCCAUUGCCUGCAGACAGAACGAUGACCAAACUGGUGAACGUAGACGUGACCAACCCCAGCCUCUAUUCUGUGAUUCCACAGAAAUGAUCAUUCAAGUGACGUCCUCCUCAGUUUCCUAAUACUUCUAAGGAUUUCAGCCUGAACUGGAUGUGAUAACUACAGCUGGGUUAAACAACUCUGUCUUACAAAAUGAACUUUUCAUUGAUCAAGUAAGAAAAACAUUUGUGCCUCUGUUGGAAUGGUAUCUGUAUACAUCAUGGAUUUAAUGUUUCUAUAAUUAAAUGGAUUCUAUGGGUUAUGGAUACUGAUAAACUAUCAGUUCAGUGGGCGAUGAGCUGCAUAACCCGGCGCGGCCACUACAUGGUGCUAGGAGGGACAUGGCGGAGCUAUCUGAUUCCAGUUCCAUUUGCUGUGUUAGUUUUAGCGCUGGCGGCUGCUGCAAACGGCUGAUCAGUCCACUACACUGAUCUGAUAUUGGUGAUCUACCUUAUGGAUAGAUCUAUAACUUGGAAAACCUAUUUACAGGGUGUAUUCCAGGAUUUUAAUAUUGAUGGCGUAAACUAAGGGUAGGACAGAGCAGUGCUGCAGUAACCAACUCCCUCCACUACAGAGUGGACGGAGCUACAGCAGGGGUGCAGAGUGUUGGACCCCCCCACCCAUCAGAUACUGAUGGCCACCAAUAUUAAAAUCCUGGACUAUCUCUUUAAGGCCUCUUUCACAUGACCGUAAGGCUUUUUCAGUGUUUUGCGGUCCGUUUUUCA